AUGGGAGGCGUCGACGAGGCCGCGAUGACACCGCUGGAGCUCAUGCGACACCGCAACGGCUUGAUGCACAGCGAAUCGUCCGUCGCGAACGGCCGAGGGUUCGUCCCGAGGCCCACCGACGUGUUCGUCGUCACGUAUCCCAAGUGCGGCACCACGUGGACGACGCAGAUCUGCCACCAGAUACGAUGCGUCCGCGCCGGCAGGGACGACCCGUCGAUGGACGCGAUGGCGUUCGGCGAGAUCACGCAGGUGGUGCCGUGGGACAUCCUCACGUUGGACUGCGACCAGGACCUGGACGCGGACCACGUGUGCGACCCGCGGGUGUUCAAGUCUCACGAGCGGUGGGAAGACGUCGCCAAGGGUGCCAAGUACCUGUGCGUCGUGAGGAACCCCGUCGACGUCUUCUACUCCUUCUACAACUUCCUGCCGGCGUACAUGGGCAUCGAACCCGGGGCGAUCGCGCCGGAGGAGUUCGCGGACGCCAUCUUCGCCGGCGCGAGCCACAGCGGGCACUGCUGGCAGCACUUCCUCGGGUACCUGGACGCGCGCGACGGGGACGAGGGAAAAGGCGAGGGAAAAGGCGAGAAGAUUAUGAUGAUCUGUUUCGAGGACCUCAAGGAGGACCUGCCGCGGUGCGUCCGCGCCAUCGCGUCGUUCAUGGGGUUUCACGACAUGACGCCGCGCGAGAUCGAUCGCGUCGUCCACGCGUCAUCCUUCGAGUUUAUGCGCGCGAACGCGACCUCGUUCGACGACCACUUCGUCCGGCGUAAGAUGUGGGCCCGGUGCGGCAUCCCCGAGAGCGACUGGCGCGGCGGCGGGGUGGGCAAGGUCCGUCACGGCGGGGGAUGCGUGGGAGGCGGGGUGAUCGGUAUGAGCGAGGCACUGAGGCGUCGCAUCGACGGUAAGUGGAAUGAGGUCAUGCGCCCGCGGGGGUUCGCGACGUACGACGACUUUCGCGCAGCCGUGAACAAGGUCAACACGCGUUAG